AUGUGGUCAGUUUGGGUUGUAGUACUGCAGGCAGUGACUGCAUUACGAAUGGAUGAAUGUGAACCAACAGCCCUAGGCAUGGAAUCUGGAGCCAUUACGGAUGCCCAGAUCACUUCCAGUUCGAGUUUCGAUCGACAAAGUGUUGGACCACAGAAUUCCAGUCCGUCCGGGACAAUCCAAAACGCGUGGGCGUCGGCGAGAAGGGGGGAAAGCAGGCCGGAAGGCGUUUACAACGUUGUCGGUGCCACAGAUGUGAGCUAUUCUCUUCGGCCGAGAUGCAUCGUAUUAGCAUGGACUGCUGGAAACACAAAGGCGGCCCAAUUUCAGUGUUAUGGUGAUCCGCCCCGUCCGUUUAUUGUGAUUGCAGGGAGGGAGCCUCCUAAAUGGGAAUUAGGGAAGAGCAGCAGGUGGCUAACCGUGUGGUGA